AUGAAGAUCCUCGCCGCAUCUCUUCCAUUUCUGCUGCUCCUCGCUUCAACUUCAGGGCCAUGGGUUGUCUGUGCAACUGGAGCUGCGUCAGGCUUACCUGACGGAUCCACAUGCUACUACGACAAGAACUACACCCCCAUGAAGCCCUUAUGCAAGCGAGACUUCGGGUGUUUGGUGACCAAGGUGGUGAAAAACUCACCCCGUUUCUUGUUCAAGGGGAAAUGCGCCUCCGACGUGCCUAUCGAUCAGAUAAAUCAGAAGUACUGCAUGUUCCGCUCCGUCAUGUUCGCACCGGGUACCAGCGGCAUCACAGCUUCGACCAUCUGUCCGCGCUGCACGUGCCAGAAGCUCAAGUCCGGCCCCACCUGCGUGUGUCCGCUGGGAAAGCUGUGCAAGCAGGACGCGGUGGGGCGAUGGAAGGGCGGCACGCGAUGCAAGGACACCAGACAGAACCAGUGUGAAGUAUCACGGUUUGUCAACGACACAUACAUUGGCAACUGCAUCAAGAGUGCUCAGGGUCCACACGAGUGCGUAAGUGCUGGACCAGGAUGGGGUCCAAUUUUUGUGAAGAACGGAGCUCACAACAUGACCAAGGCUGGCGACCUCUGCCAGCGCUGCUCCUGCAUCCAUGGGAAGUUUGUCAACUGCAAGCCUGUGCCUGGAUGCGUCAGUAAGUGCUAA